GCGCCCCAGGUUGCCUUCGCAACGGGCGGGGACCUGGAGGCCGGGCCCCAUGGCGCUGUCCCAGGGGCCCGGCCUGCUCAGGUUCCUCUUUCGCCAUCAGCUGGGCCGUCAGGGCCGCGCCCCGCGCAGGAACUUUGCGAUCGACUUCUGGGACAUCACCGGAGAGACCAGAGGCAAGAGAAGCAGCGCAGACGCGGGCCUGGUACCCAGCAUCGUGCCCACCCUGCACUACCAGGACAGCCUGCCCAGAUUGCCCAUUCCCGGACUUGAGGACUCUAUCAGAAGGUACCUGGGAGCACAGAUGCCUCUGUUAACCACAGAUCAGUUCAGGAGAACGAAAGAAUUCUCCUACGGCUUUCAAAACGGCCUCGGCAAAGAGCUGCACGAAAUGCUGAUUUUUCAGGAUCAGCACAGUCAGCACACGAGCUAUAUUUCAGACGUGUGGCUGAAUUCCUAUCUGGGCCGUCGCCAUCCGCCCGCGUUCAACAUGAACGUGGGCUUGGCUUUCCAUCCGGACCCCAGAGUGGAGUAUAACGAGCAGCUGACGCGGGCCACCAAUAUGACCGUCUCCAUCAUCAGGUUCCUGAGGGCCUUCCGAACGGGCACGCUCGAGCCCGAGGUGCUGCACAUCUACCCGGAGAAGACGGACAACAAGUUCUUCAAGAGCUUCAUCCGCUGGAUCCCCAAGUCCUUAGUGUGCCCCACGGCCUCCGUGUUCAACGUCUACCCCAUGGACAUGUCCCAGAACUUCAGGCUCUUCAGCACCUCCCGCCUGCCCAAGCUGGCCCAGGACAAGCUGCUCACGGACGAGAGGGCCAAGCACCUCCUGGUGCUCAGGAACGGCAACUUUUACAUCUUUAACAUCCUCCAGAGCAACGGGACCAUGAUCCAGGUCUCGGAAAUCCACGCCAACCUCAAGCACAUCCUCUCCGACGAGAGCCCCGCGCCCAACUUCCCCUUGGCGUACCUGACGACCGAAAAGCGGGACACGUGGGCGCAGCUGAGGCAGGAGCUCCUGGACAACGGCAACCAGGAGGCCCUGAAGAAGGUGGAGACGGCCAUCUUCAGCCUGUGCCUGGACGACCGGCCGGUGCGGGACCUCGACGAGUUCACGCAGAUCAUGCUGUAUGGCAACGGGCACAACCGCUGGUACGACAAGUCCUUCAACCUGAUCGUGACCAAGGACGGCUCGGCGGCCAUCAACUUUGAGCACUCGUGGGGGGACGCGCUGACCGUGCUGCGCUUCAUGAAGGAGGUGUUCCAGGACAGCACGGAGGCCCCCGCCGUGCAGCCCUGGGAGGAGUCCCCGACCGCCGGCGCCCCCGAAGCCGUGAAGAAGCUCGACUUCCACCUGAACGACUCCCUGAGAGCGGGCAUCGCCACCGCCAGAGCCAACUACGACGCGGCCGUGCAGGCCUUCCUGGUCAAGCUGGUGCAGUUUCAGAAGGAGGGCAAGCGCUUCCUGAAGCAGGAGGGCAUCAGCCCUGACGCCAUGAUCCAGCUCGCCUGCCAGAUGGCGUUCUUCAAAAUCAGAGGGCAGAUCACGGCCUCCUACGAGCCGUGCAGCACGGCUGCCUACAAGCACGGCCGCACCGAGGUCAUCCGGCCCACCACCAUCCACAGCAAGCAGUGUGUCCUGGCCUUCCAGGAGCCCUCCCGGUACACCGUGGCCGAGCUCAAGGACCUGCUGCACAGGUGCUCCACCUACCACGUCAGUCUGAUCCAGAAAGCCGUCCGGGGUCAAGGCUUUGACAGACACUUGCUGGCUCUCCGGAUCCUGGCAGAGACCAAGAAGAACUGCUUGCCCGAUAUCUUCUUUGACUCCGCCUAUCAUCAGCUCAAUCACACCUUCAUCUUCUCGAGGCACCUGUCCAGCCCGAAGUUAAAUUUCGGGGCUUCCAUGCCCAUAGUGCCCGACGGCUUUGGGAUCGCGUACUUCGUGCACGACGACAGCAUUACCUUCAGCAUCACCUGUUGCACCAGUUACAAUAUCCAGGACUUCAUCGAGGCCCUCAGAACUAGCCUGGAAAACAUCAUAGUCAUUUUAAAAGGGGAAUCCAUUGCACAGUAGUGCUUUCCAGCCUCCCCCAGGAUGAAUCAUGGGAGCCGGGAGAAUGAAAGGGAGACCAGAUUCUUGCCCUGGGCCUACAAUGACCACAAAGUUGAAAGCUGGCGAAAUCCCGUCUCCACCAGGUCUUCUGCAACCCAUCGUCGGUAUGUUCUAAAGCUUCCCGGCCUUUCAGGAAGGCAUAAAUAUGUAUAUACCAGGGCUUGUCCUUCCCUGUCCUCCCGCCCACAGCUUCUCUAUUUGUCUGUCUGUCUAUCUGAGUGUUUACCAUCUUUUCUAUCCACCGGUCUUUCUUCUAUCAAUAAUCUAUGUUAAACUAUUACUAUAACAAUCUAUUGUUCAUCAUCUGACAAUUAUCUCAAUCACCUACCCCACUAUUAAUUGUCUGUUUCGACAUUUCUGUUUUCACAUGUACCCAUCGAUCAUCUCUGUCUGUUUCUGCCAUCGGUAUCUCUCUCCGUCCACCCACAGAAUCUGUCUAUCAAGAUUUCUCCUUGUUUACCUACCUGUAUCUGCCUAUUUUUCCAUCCUUCCCUUUUUCUAACUCUUAUUUUUCUGUCUUUCUCUGUAACCACAUCUGUUUUCCCAUCUAGCUAGCUUGCCAUCAUCUAGCUCAUGUCGAAAUAUAUCUUCUUACAAUAAAACUCAAUAAGCUUGGGUUACCCUUCAGCGCUUUUUGGUUUCAACUCUUACUCAAAGACUUUCUAAAAUCCUCUCAGCCCCCGGCUCCCCGCAGAGCCCCCUGAGCAGGAUUCCAUCUCCAUCUGAUGACAAAGACCUUCACGAGGCCAGUUGGAGUGGGGACGUCACGGAGACUGCCUCCUCGAACGCCAGCAGCGGCAAGGAUCGAGCCACAUGGAAAGACCCAGUCUUGUUUUUUGUUUUGUUUUUUAAAUAAAUCUCUGGUGUCAUCUGGA